AUGGAAAGGAAAUAUUUCCCAGAUUUCGGUGUCUUGGUGCCUCAUCCACCCAGCAAACCUCCAGAGCCCAAGCCUCCAGCUCUAAGUCACAGGCACAGACCCGCUCCAGUCAGAACAUGCGCUGUGAAUGAACAGAUGGGGAUCUACUCAGAUAUUAUAACUAAACACAAGUUCCAGGUAUUUGACAAUGAGGACUUUGAAUGCCGGAAUCCAGAAGACUGGCUUGCCCUGGGCAUUGCUGAAAAAUCACUGGAACAAAAACCUAUCCCUGCAAAAGCUCUGCUGCCUACCGAUGAUGAAAUUAAUUCUGAUGAGCCACAAAGCUCCUCCCUGGAGUACAGCUGGCGUCUAGUCGCUGUUCUUGACUAUAGUAAGGAGAAAUGCCAGUACCUUGUACAGAAAGUUUGCCAGAACAGCCAACUGACAGAUAAAAAAGGUCGUCCUAUUCUAAAUGAAGAACACAAAAAGAGCAAAUCUCCUGCAGGCACAACGUUCUGGGUACCCAGGAUCAGAUUGGUUUUCAGUGCUGAGGACCCACGUGUGUUUGUCAAACGGAUCCAGUUUGCCCUGCGCUGGCAGGAAAACACAGAAGCUCUGCUUCUCUAUCACCUUUCUGUGGACUGCAUGCCAACCUGGAAGGGAACACCAUCUCUUGAUAGCCACGCUCUCCAGAGAAUUAGAAGAAUCACGCUUUCAGCCCCCGGGCUCAGACAUAAAAUUUUGGAGAAGUGUAUCGGGGAUCUGGAGAAGGAGCUCAAACUGGAUUAUGAGCGGACAAUGAACCGCAUGAGUUUUGACAGAGUUGUGAUGAGACACCCAGAGGAGUUUUCACACAUCACCCUGCCACAGAAGGGUCCUGCAUAUGUACCCCAAUCAGGGCGUGUUCCAGUUCCCACAUUUCCCUAUGAGAAGUAUAAAACAGCUUUCUUCUUCAAGUCCCUGCUAACAAAGCCGGAGGUGAUCCGUGUGUUAUCUGAAAUCUUGUCUGAGUGCAACAAAGUAGCAAACAUGAGGCUGUUCAAUGUCACCUCGGUCAAACCACUGCGACUGGACGAGUUUGAAGUCAUUCAGGCUCAAAUGCAUACUCAGGUAAGCUUAUUUCUUAGGGAGGGAUGGAUAGUCUCACUGAGCAACUGCAUCCGAUUCAACCAGCUGAGUAUUGGCCGUGGCACUUACAACGUGGACGAGUCUCAAUGGGAGAUGUACAAGAUGUCCAAGCUGUACAGAUUGAUGGCUGUGGUGCGCUACAAGCUGCAGGACUCCAUGCGCCACCUGGUGCAGGCCUCGCUGCUCCGCCUGACUCUGCUGCUGUUAACCACCUGCCACAGUGUGCUGACAUGUCCUCAGGACCUGGUCUGGGGGGACGACCUCGUCACUAGCCCAUAUAAGUCAGAAAGGACCCCUCUGUUCCUGUUGGACUUGAUUCUGGAUCAGACUGGGGUUCAUUACAGCACUCCACUCGAGAACUUUAAGACAUCCAUGGUCAACCUGUUCGAUAAGGCCAUUCUGGCCACUUACAAAGUACCUCAGCUCGAUAAGUUUGUAAUGCAGAAGAUGUUCGUCGGUGGGGAUCCGUUGCUUGAGUCAGUGAAUCUUUGGGAACCAGAAGUAACUGCGCUGAGAGAAAAGGUCUCCAAUGCUAUGAUGCAAGGAGUCAUACCUCUCAGGGCCUAUGCUGCUGAGUAUGAGAAAUACUUAGAUUUACACAACCUGGACAUAGAAACCCUUCUCAAAUCUCCUGCGAAUGCAGAACAGACAUCCCAGGAAGUGAAAAAAGAGGUGGAACAACAUCUCAAAGACAAGGAAACACUUGAGCACUCUCUGCCGUCCUCCAUUGUAAUUGGAACAUUUGUUAUUCGAGUGGAGGGUGUACGUCAGGCUCUCUCCAACAAAAAAAAGGCUUUAGCCAAUGCAAUGCUGGCCAUCCUUGCUGGGAAGCUAAGCAAGCAGGUUGAUGAAGCAUGUGAAGAGUACAACACAAUCAGUAGAAAGCUGCGUGAGAAACUGAACAGCAUUGAAGAGCUGAGUGAGAAGAGGGAAUGGAUGAAGCAAGUCCCAGACCAGCUCAAGAGUUACAAGGAAGUUAUUGGAAAGACCCUGUCAGACUAUGAGCUAAUAGAAGAGCUUCGCUACUCUCUUUCAAAUGAGGAUUUUGAUAAAAAGUGGACAGCUAUUAGAUGGCCUCAAAAGAUAAUAAGCCAGAUGGAAGCAGCGGCCGCCCAGCAUUUGGAGGAUGAAGAGCGCUUCAAUAAGAUUCAGCUGGCCGACCAGAACAACUUUGAGGACCACCUCGACUCGCUAAAGAUGCUGGUUGCUGGGAUUGCGUGUCAUGAUGACAUCAAUCAUGCCCAUAAGGUGGCCAACAAAGUGAGGCGUACAAGCAAGCAACUGAAGGACUGUCUGACAAUGGCUCAAACCUACAACACCAGAGAGCGUCUGUUUGGUAUUCCUGUCACUAAUUAUGAUCGGCUACAGAAGCUGGUGAAGGACUUCCAGCCUUUUACGGACCUGUGGACCACCACCUCUGAUUGGAUGCGUUGGCACGAGAACUGGCUCAAUGACCCGCUGUCUUCCAUAGACUCCGAGCAGCUGGAGCGCAAUGUUACAGAUGUCCACAAGGUCAUGAACAAAUGUGUGAAACACUUCAAGGACAUUCCUGGCUGCCAGAUGGUUGCAUCGGCGAUCUGCAUCAAGAUCAAGGACUUCCAGCCGUACAUUCCUCUGAUUCAGGGCCUGAGGAACCCGGGGAUGAAGAACCGCCACUGGGAGAUUCUUUCAGACCGCAUUCAGAUGAAGGUCAAGCCCAAAGAUAACCUCACCCUCUCUCGAUGCCUGGAGCUGGGCCUACAGAACCACAUAGAGGACAUAGCUCAUGUGGCCGAGGUGGCAGGGAAAGAGUACACCAUUGAACAGGCCCUGGACAAGAUGGAAAACGAGUGGUCAACAAUAUUCUUUGACGUGUUGCCCUACAAGGAUACAGGCACCUACAUCCUGAAGAGCCCAGAUGAAGUCUCACAGAUGCUGGACGACCACAAUGUCAUGACGCAGAGCAUGUCCUUCUCUCCCUUCAAAAAGUCCUUUGAGGCCCGUAUCAACACCUGGGAGGGCAAAAUCAGAAUGACUCAGGACGUGCUGGAGGAGUGGUUGACAUUCCAACGCUCCUGGCUUUACUUAGAGCCCAUCUUCAGCUCGGAUGAUAUCACCCAGCAGCUGCCUGUGGAAGGAAAGAGAUACCAGCUAGUGGAUAGAACGUGGAAGGCAGUCAUGAAAAGUGCCUUUAAAAAUCCAAAGGUGAUUGAGCUGUGCCCAGAUUCUAGGCUACUAGAAAAACUGAAAAGGUGCAACGAACUGCUGGAAGAGGUCCAGAAGGGUCUUAGUGAAUACUUGGAAACAAAAAGAGGCUCCUUCCCCAGGUUUUACUUCCUGUCAGACGAUGAACUCCUGGAGAUUCUGUCCCAGACCAGAGAUCCUACUGCUGUUCAACCUCACUUGAAUCUGGGCGACUUGGUGCAGCUGGUGAGAGGACCUCUGUCUAAGAUGCAGCGGGCGGUGCUGUCUGCCCUCAUCGUCAUCGAGGUCCACGCUAAGGAGGUUGCAGCCAAACUGGUGGAGCUGCAGGUCUCCAGCAGCAUCAAUGACUUUGAGUGGAUCAGCCAGCUCAGAUAUUACUGGACCAAAAAUGACUUGUACAUCCGGGCAGUGAAUGCAGAGUUUUUGUACGGAUACGAGUACCUUGGUAACUCCGGACGUCUGGUCAUCACCCCGCUCACUGACAGAUGCUACCUGACCCUAACAGGAGCUCUACACCUGAAGUUCGGAGGGGCUCCUGCAGGUCCAGCAGGGACAGGGAAGACAGAAACCACUAAAGAUCUGGGAAAGGCGCUGGCUAUCCAGACCGUUGUUUUCAACUGCUCUGAUCAGCUGGACUUCAUUGCUAUGGGCAAGCUUCUCAAAGGACUGGCCAGCUCCGGGGCCUGGGCAUGCUUUGAUGAGUUUAAUCGUAUUGAUGUGGAGGUGUUGUCUGUUGUGGCGCAGCAGAUCACCACCAUACAAAAGGCCCAAAUGCAAAGGGCAGAGCGGUUCAUGUUUGAGGGGGCAGAAAUCCCUCUUGUCCAGUCCUGCGCCGUGUUCAUCACCAUGAAUCCUGGGUACGCCGGACGCACGGAGCUGCCUGACAAUCUCAAGGCACUGUUUCGUCCCGUGGCGAUGAUGGUACCUGACUACGCUAUGAUUGCUGAGAUCUCCUUGUACUCAUUUGGCUUCAGUGAUGCCAAAAUCCUCUCCAAGAAGAUCACCACCACCUUCAAGCUCUCCUCCGAACAGCUCAGCGCUCAGGAUCAUUAUGACUUCGGUAUGAGAGCGGUGAAGACUGUGAUCUCAGCUGCUGGAAACCUCAAGAGAGAAAAUCCUGAUAUGAACGAGGAGCUGAUCUGUCUGCGAGCCAUUCAAGAUGUCAACGUACCAAAGUUUUUACAGGACGACCUGAAGCUCUUCAACGGUAUUGUGUCCGAUCUUUUCCCAAAGACAAAACAGGAGCCAAUCGACUACGGCACACUGGAGGAGUCCAUGCGUGAUGUCUGCACCAAGAAGAACCUCAAAGAUGUGGAUGGGUUUAUUUCUAAGUGUAUUUAGCUGUAUGAGACCACUGUGGUGAGACACGGCCUGAUGUUGGUGGGACCCUCUGGAUCCGGUAAAACCAAGUGUUAUGAGGUUCUAGGUGCGGCGAUAACAGCUCUGAAGGGCCAGCCCUCUGUGAGCGGCGAUGUGUAUGAAGCGAUUCAGAUAUAUGUCCUCAACCCAAAGUCUAUCACCAUGGGACAGCUCUACGGGGAGUUUGACCUGCUCACACACGAGUGGACAGAUGGCAUCCUUUCCGCUGUUAUCCGUGCAGGUGCAUCAUCCAUGGACACUGUGAAAAAGUGGUAUAUGUUUGAUGGGCCAGUGGACGCAGUUUGGAUUGAGAACAUGAACACUGUGCUCGAUGACAACAAGAAACUGUGCCUCAGCUCGGGGGAAAUCAUCAAGCUCAGUGAGGUGAUGACCAUGAUGUUUGAGGUGCAGGACUUAGCGGUGGCCUCCCCAGCCACAGUGUCUCGCUGCGGGAUGGUCUACCUGGAGCCCAGCGUUCUGGGCCUCGUCCCUUUCACAGAGUGUUGGCUGAGGCGAGUCCCUGAAGCCCUGAAACCGUUCACAAAGCAGCUCGAAUCGCUUUUUGCCAGGUUCCUCCAGGACGCCAUCACAUUUGUCCGCACAUCAGUAAAGAAGGUCAUCACAUCUCUGGACAGCAACCUCACCUGCAGUCUGCUUAAAGUUAUGGACUGCUUCUUCAAUCCCUUCAACAUUAAAGAGGGAGAGUACAGGGCAGCCAUGGCAGAGGAGUGGCUGCAAUGUUUCAAAAAGCUAAAUGUUCCACACACUGACGAACCAAACCUGAUCAACACCUUCGGAGACCCGGUCAAGAUCCGCUCAUGGCAGAUAUCAGGUCUGCCCAAGGAUAACCUCUCAGUGGAGAACGGUGUGAUCACCCAGUACUGUCUGCGCUGGCCUUUAUUCAUCGAUCCUCAGGGACAAGCCAACACUUGGAUCAAAAACAUGGAGAAGGACAGUAGAUUGGAGGUCAUUAAGUUAAGUGACCGGGACUUCCUCCGCAGUCUUGAGAAUGCCAUUCGCUUUGGGAAACCCUGCCUCUUGGAGAAUAUAGGGGAGGAAUUGGAUCCUGCCCUAGAGCCUGUCUUGCUGCAACAAACAUUUGUGCUGAGAGGCAGCACCAUGCUGAAGCUGGGGGACACAGUCAUCCCUUACCAACAAGGCUUCAAGAUGUACAUCACCACCAAGCUGCCUAACCCACACUACUCUCCAGAGGUGGCCACCAAAGUCACCCUCAUUAACUUCACCCUGUCACCAAGCGGUCUGGAGGACCAGCUGCUGGGCCAGGUGGUGGCUGUGGAGCGUCCAGACCUGGAGGAGGCUAAGAACCAGCUGAUCAUCAGCAACGCCCAGAUGAAACAGGAGCUGAAAGAAAUUGAGGAUGAGAUCCUGUUCCGACUCAGCUCCACUGAGGGAAACCCCGUGGACAACGAGGAACUCAUCCAAGUGUUGGGAGCUUCCAAGAUCAAAGCUGGAGAGAUCAAGGCCAAAGUGGUGGUGGCAGAGCAGACGGAGAAGGACAUUGACGCCACCCGCCUGGAGUACGUUCCAGUGGCUGUGCGCACACAGAUCCUAUUCUUCUGUGUAUCGGACCUGUCGAAUGUCGACCCCAUGUACCAGUACUCACUGGAGUGGUUCCUCUGCAUCUUCAUGGCUGGCCUUGCCAACUCUGAGAAAGCAGACACGGUGGAGGAGAGGAUUGCCAACAUAAAUGAGUUUUUCACCUUCAGCCUGUACAGCAAUGUGUGCCGCAGCUUAUUUGAGAAGAACAAACUCAUGUUUGCCUUUCUCCUGUGUGCUCGCAUCAUGAUGAAUGAGAACAAAAUUGAUAUGGCUGAGUGGCAUUACCUGCUGUCUGGAGGGAUGCCCGCCCAGGAGCUGACGAACCCAGCAGUGAGUUGGCUGUCGGAGCGAGCCUGGCAGGACAUUCUGGGCCUCAGCGCUCUGGACAACUUCAGAAACCUGGCAGAGAGCUUCCCCGAACAUCUGCAGGGUUUCAAGAGCAUCUUUGACAGCAACCAGCCUCACAGGGACCCUCUCCCAGGACAGUGGGACACCGAGCUGGACUCGUUCCAGAAGCUGCUGGUGCUGCGCUGUCUGAGGGCCGACCGUCUUGUUCAAGGCCUGCAGGACUUUGUCUCGGCUCAGCUGGGACAACGCUUCAUAGAGCCUCAGACGUCAGACCUGUCGGUGGUCUUCAAGGAGUCUUCCCUCUCCACCCCCCUCAUCUUUGUGCUCUCCCCUGGCACAGACCCCGCUGCUGACCUCUACAAAUUUGCGGAUGUCAUGCAGUUCUCCAAGAAAAUGAGUGCCAUCUCUCUGGGCCAGGGCCAGGGCCCCUGGGCAGAGAAGCUCAUGCUCGCUGCUAUGGAGAGAGGUCAUUGGGUCUUCUUCCAGAACUGUCAUCUGGCGCCCAGCUGGAUGCCCUCCCUGGAGAGACUCAUUGAAAACAUCAGCCCAGUAAAGGUGCACAAGGACUUCCGUAUGUGGCUCACGAGCCUUCCCAGCAACAAGUUCCCAGUGUCUAUUCUCCAAAAUGGGUCAAAGAUGACCAUCGAGCCUCCCAAGGGAAUCAAGGCCAAUCUACAGAAGACCUACCUGAGGCUCACCAAUGAGUUCUUCACCUCCUCCACAAAGGCAUCACACCUCAAGGCUUUGCUUCUGUCUCUGUGUCUCUUCCAUGGAAUUUCUCUGGAGCGAAGGAAGUUUGGCCCACUGGGCUUCAACAUUCCCUACGAUUUCACAGACGGAGACUUAAACAUCUGCAUCAGCCAGGUCAAAAUGUUCCUGGACGAGUACCAGGACGUCCCGUACAAGGUGUUAAAAUAUACCGCAGGGGAGAUAAAUUACGGCGGCCGAGUGACAGAUGACUGGGACAGACGAUGCCUGCUGAGCGUCCUGGAGGAUUUCUACUGUCCUGCUGUGCUGGAAGACGGUCACUUCUACUCUUCGUCUGGAGUCUACCGGCAGAUAGACACAGAUCUGGAUAUCAAGGGUUACCUGGCAUACAUUCAUGGUUUGCCCAUCAAUGAUACACCUGAGAUCUUUGGUCUCCAUGACAACGCUAACAUCAGCUUUGCCCAAAACGAGUCCUUCGCCCUGCUGGGAGCUCUGGUUCGACUCCAGCCUCGAGCUUCAUCUGCCGGGGGCAAAUCUCUGGAGGAGAUAGUGGAGGAGAUCGUGGCAGGCAUCGUAGAAAAGAUUCCUCGGCCUUUCAACAUUCAGGACGUGAUGGAAAUGUUCCCGGUGCUCUAUGAAGAGUCCAUGAACACAGUGCUCAUCCAGGAGGUCAUCAGAUACAACAAUCUGCUGGCGGUCAUCUCUCAGAGUCUCGGAGACAUCGUGAAGGCUCUGAAAGGUUUGGUGGUGAUGUCGUCUGAACUGGAGCUCAUGGCCAGCAGCCUGUUCAUCAACGUGGUGCCCGAUAUGUGGAAAGCCAAGGCCUACCCGUCCCUGAAGCCUCUGGCAUCCUGGGUGUCAGACCUGAUUCUGAGGAUCAAUUUCCUGCAGAAAUGGAUCUGUGAUGGCAUUCCACCUGUUUUCUGGAUUAGCGGCUUCUUCUUCCCGCAGGCUUUCCUCACAGGAACGCUCCAGAACUACGCCCGCCGCUCUGGCAUCUCCAUCAACACAAUUGGAUUUGACUUUGAGGUGAUAGAGAAGUUGGCGUCAGAGAUAACAGAGAAGCCAAACACAGGCUGCUACAUCCACGGUCUCUUCGUGGAGGGCGCUCGCUGGGAUAGUGAAGCGGGUCAAAUCACUGAAUGCAGGCCCAAGGAGCUCUACACAGAGAUGGUUCUGAUCAGGCUGAUCCCCGAACCCAACCGCAAAGCCCCCACCUCGGGGGUCUACAUCUGCCCCAUCUAUAAGACCCUCACACGGGCCGGUCAUUCCACCAACUAUGUGAUGGCAGUGGAGCUGCCUACAGAUCAGAACGGAGACUUAAACAUCUGCAUCAGCCAGGUCAAAAUGUUCCUGGACGAGUACCAGGACGUCCCGUACAAGGUGUUAAAAUAUACCACAGGGGAGAUAAAUUACGGCGGCCGAGUGACAGAUGACUGGGACAGACGAUGCCUGCUGAGCGUCCUGGAGGAUUUCUACUGUCCUGCUGUGCUGGAAGACGGUCACUUCUACUCUUCGUCUGGAGUCUACCGGCAGAUAGACACAGAUCUGAGAUCUUUGGUCUCCAUGACAACGCUAACAUCAGCUUUGCCCAAAACGAGUCCUUCGCCCUGCUGGGAGCUCUGGUUCGACUCCAGCCUCGAGCUUCAUCUGCCGGGGAUAGUGGAGAUCGUGGCAGGCAUCGUAGAAAAGAUUCCUCGGCCUUUCAACAUUCAGGACCUCCUCAGCACAGCGGAUGAUGUGAGUAAGAUGCAGGAAGAGCUGGGGACGAUGAGACCACUUUUGGAGGAGGCCACCAGGGACACUGAAGUCACCAUGGAGACCAUCAAAAUAGACACGGUAGUUGCAGAGGAUACCCGGAAGUUGGUGCAAGCAGAGGAAGCCAAGGCCUCAGAGAAAGCUCGUUUUGCAGGAGCCAUUGCUGCGGAUGCCCAGAAAGACUUGGACCUGGCUCUGCCCGCCCUCGACUCUGCGCUCAACAGCCUCAAGUCCCUCAACAAGAACGAUAUCACUGAGGUGCGAGGCAUGCAGCGCCCUCCCCAGGGGGUGAAGCUGGUUAUGGAGGCAGUGUGCAUCAUGAAGAGCAUCAAACCCAAAAGGGUACCUGGAGAGAAGCCUGGCACCAAGGUGGACGACUACUGGGAGGUUGGUAAGGGUCAGCUUCAAGACCCUGGCAAGUUUCUGGAGAGCCUCUUUAACUUUGAUAAGGAAAACAUCCCAGAGAGCGUGAUCAGUUUAGUCCAGCCCUACAUAGAUAAUGAGGAGUUCCAGCCAGCCAACAUUGCCAAAGUUUCCAAAGCCUGUACCUCUAUUUGCCAGUGGGUGCGAGCCAUGCAUAUAUAUCACUUUGUUUCCAGGGGUGUGGAAGUUAAAAGGACAGCCCUCAAGGAGGCCUCGGAGGACUUAGCAGCGACGCAGCUCAUCCUGGAUGAUGCCAAUGAAAAGCUGGCGGUGGUUGAGGGCGGCAUUGCCACUUUGCAGGCCAAGUACCAGGCCUGUGUGGCCAAGAAAGAUGAGCUGGACGAAAAAUAUCAACUGUGUGAGGCCCGCCUCAUCCGAGCAGACAAGCUUAUUGGUGGACUGGCAGAUGAGAAGGUGCGUUGGAAGGAAACAGUGCUAAAUCUGGAGUACAUGGUCAAUAAUGUGGCCGGCGAUGUGCUUCUGUCUGCUGGAUACCUCGCAUACCUGGGACCCUUCACUGGAGAGCCAUGGCAGAGGAGUGGCUGCAAUGAGGAGUGGCUGCAAUGUUUCAAAAAGCUAAAUGUUCCACACACUGACGAACCAAACCUGAUCAACACCUUCGGAGACCCGGUCAAGAUCCGCUCAUGGCAGAUAUCAGGUCUGCCCAAGGAUAACCUCUCAGUGGAGAACGGUGUGAUCACCCAGUACUGUCUGCGCUGGCCUUUAUUCAUCGAUCCUCAGGGACAAGCCAACACUUGGAUAAAAAACAUGGAGAAGGACAGUAGAUUGGAGGUCAUUAAGUUAAGUGACCGGGACUUCCUCCGCAGUCUUGAGAAUGCCAUUCGCUUUGGGAAACCCUGCCUCUUGGAGAAUAUAGGGGAGGAAUUGGAUCCUGCCCUAGAGCCUGUCUUGCUGCAACAAACAUUUGUGCUGAGAGGCAGCACCAUGCUGAAGCUGGGGGACACAGUCAUCCCUUACCAACAAGGCUUCAAGAUGUACAUCACCACCAAGCUGCCUAACCCACACUACUCUCCAGAGGUGGCCACCAAAGUCACCCUCAUUAACUUCACCCUGUCACCAAGCGGUCUGGAGGACCAGCUGCUGGGCCAGGUGGUGGCUGUGGAGCGUCCAGACCUGGAGGAGGCUAAGAACCAGCUGAUCAUCAGCAACGCCCAGAUGAAACAGGAGCUGAAAGAAAUUGAGGAUGAGAUCCUGUUCCGACUCAGCUCCACUGAGGGAAACCCCGUGGACAACGAGGAACUCAUCCAAGUGUUGGGAGCUUCCAAGAUCAAAGCUGGAGAGAUCAAGGCCAAAGUGGUGGUGGCAGAGCAGACGGAGAAGGACAUUGACGCCACCCGCCUGGAGUACGUUCCAGUGGCUGUGCGCACACAGAUCCUAUUCUUCUGUGUAUCGGACCUGUCGAAUGUCGACCCCAUGUACCAGUACUCACUGGAGUGGUUCCUCUGCAUCUUCAUGGCUGGCCUUGCCAACUCUGAGAAAGCAGACACGGUGGAGGAGAGGAUUGCCAACAUAAAUGAGUUUUUCACCUUCAGCCUGUACAGCAAUGUGUGCCGCAGCUUAUUUGAGAAGAACAAACUCAUGUUUGCCUUUCUCCUGUGCGCUCGCAUCAUGAUGAAUGAGAACAAAAUUGAUAUGGCUGAGUGGCAUUACCUGCUGUCUGGAGGGAUGCCCGCCCAGGAGCUGACGAACCCAGCAGUGAGUUGGCUGUCGGAGCGAGCCUGGCAGGACAUUCUGGGCCUCAGCGCUCUGGACAACUUCAGAAACCUGGCAGAGAGCUUCCCCGAACAUCUGCAGGGUUUCAAGAGCAUCUUUGACAGCAACCAGCCUCACAGGGACCCUCUCCCAGGACAGUGGGACACCGAGCUGGACUCGUUCCAGAAGCUGCUGGUGCUGCGCUGUCUGAGGGCCGACCGUCUUGUUCAAGGCCUGCAGGACUUUGUCUCGGCUCAGCUGGGACAACGCUUCAUAGAGCCUCAGGAAGAGUUUCUCUCCUCCCUCACGUCAGACCUGUCGGUGGUCUUCAAGGAGUCUUCCCUCUCCACCCCCCUCAUCUUUGUGCUCUCCCCUGGCACAGACCCCGCUGCUGACCUCUACAAAUUUGCGGAUGUCAUGCAGUUCUCCAAGAAAAUGAGUGCCAUCUCUCUGGGCCAGGGCCAGGGCCCCUGGGCAGAGAAGCUCAUGCUCGCUGCUAUGGAGAGAGGUCAUUGGGUCUUCUUCCAGAACUGUCACCUGGCGCCCAGCUGGAUGCCCUCCCUGGAGAGACUCAUUGAAAACAUCAGCCCAGUAAAGGUGCACAAGGACUUCCGUAUGUGGCUCACGAGCCUUCCCAGCAACAAGUUCCCAGUGUCUAUUCUCCAAAAUGGGUCAAAGAUGACCAUCGAGCCUCCCAAGGGAAUCAAGGCCAAUCUACAGAAGACCUACCUGAGGCUCACCAAUGAGUUCUUCACCUCCUCCACAAAGGCAUCACACCUCAAGGCUUUGCUUCUGUCUCUGUGUCUCUUCCAUGGAAUUUCUCUGGAGCGAAGGAAGUUUGGCCCACUGGGCUUCAACAUUCCCUACGAUUUCACAGACGGAGACUUAAACAUCUGCAUCAGCCAGGUCAAAAUGUUCCUGGACGAGUACCAGGACGUCCCGUACAAGGUGUUAAAAUAUACCGCAGGGGAGAUCAAUUACGGCGGCCGAGUGACAGAUGACUGGGACAGACGAUGCCUGCUGAGCGUCCUGGAGGAUUUCUACUGUCCUGCUGUGCUGGAAGACGGUCACUUCUACUCUUCGUCUGGAGUCUACCGGCAGAUAGACACAGAUCUGGAUAUCAAGGGUUACCUGGCAUACAUUCGUGGUUUGCCCAUCAAUGAUACACCUGAGAUCUUUGGUCUCCAUGACAACGCUAACAUCAGCUUUGCCCAAAACGAGUCCUUCGCCCUGCUGGGAGCUCUGGUUCGACUCCAGCCUCGAGCUUCAUCUGCCGGGGGCAAAUCUCUGGAGGAGAUAGUGGAGGAGAUCGUGGCAGGCAUCGUGGAAAAGAUUCCUCUGCCUUUCAACAUUCAGGACGUGAUGGAAAUAUUCCCGGUGCUCUAUGAAGAGUCCAUGAACACAGUGCUCAUCCAGGAGGUCAUCAGAUACAACAAUCUGCUGGCGGUCAUCUCUCAGAGUCUCGGAGACAUCGUGAAGGCUCUGAAAGGUUUGGUGGUGAUGUCGUCUGAACUGGAGCUCAUGGCCAGCAGCCUGUUCAUCAACGUGGUGCCCGAUAUGUGGAAAGCCAAGGCCUACCCGUCCCUGAAGCCUCUGGCAUCCUGGGUGUCAGACCUGAUUCUGAGGAUCAAUUUCCUGCAGAAAUGGAUCUGUGAUGGCAUUCCACCUGUUUUCUGGAUUAGCGGCUUCUUCUUCCCGCAGGCUUUCCUCACAGGAACGCUCCAGAACUACGCCCGCCGCUCUGGCAUCUCCAUCGACACAAUUGGAUUUGACUUUGAGGUGAUAGAGAAGUUGGCGUCAGAGAUAACAGAGAAGCCAAACACAGGCUGCUACAUCCACGGUCUCUUCGUGGAGGGCGCUCGCUCGGAUAGUGAAGCGGGUCAAAUUACUGAAUGCAGGCCCAAGGAGCUCUACACAGAGAUGGUUCUGAUCAGGCUGAUCCCCAAACCCAACCGCAAAGCCCCCACCUCGGGGGUCUACAUCUGCCCCAUCUAUAAGACCCUCACACGGGCCGGGACUCUGUCUACCACCGGUCAUUCCACCAACUAUGUGAUGGCAGUGGAGCUGCCUACAGAUCAGAGUCAGAGACACUGGAUCAAACGGGGAGUCGCCCUCAUCUGUGCACUGGACUAAUGAAUAAACACCUGUAAAAAACUGUAUUGUUUCACGGCUCACCACAAUUAUAAUUGCAGUUAUGGUCGCUCAGAUUUAAAACAGACAC